AUGGCAGGCCGAGGUCGAGGGAGAAAAAAAUCUCAGCAGAAAAAGUCCACAAAAAGAAACAGUGCUCCUAUAGAAGAGCAGCAUGUAGAAGAACUUUCAACAGAGAAUGAUAGUGAUGAUAUGUCAGCACACGGAAUUGAGUCUGAUAAUCAGGGAACCGAUAAUCAGUUUGCAUCAUCUCAAGAGUGCCAUUCACUACCACCUGAUGAGCUAUGUUUCAAGAACACCGAGUUCACCCAGACGUGUAAGAUACAUAGCAAGUGUUAUGUGACCGAGACGGUGAAGUUUCUGAAGAAGACUAGGUUUAAGCCUGAGCUCGAGUGGUUUGAAAACCACCCUCAGUUUUGCCAUUUUUUCCACAUGCCCGAUGAACCAAACUUGAAGCUGCAGGGUAUGUGGAUGCUUCUACUGCGCACUGUUCCUUUACAUGAGUCAGAGGACACAUCUUGGUUUGCUGUUAAUGGAGUGCCCGUUCGGUAUUCAAUGAGAGAGCAUGCUCUCAUCUCGGGAUUGGACUGCCAUGACUACUCGGCUAAGUAUAAGAAGAUUGGAAGCUUUGCGUUUGUAGACAUGCAUUUCAAAUCACAUAAGGAGAUCACUAUGCUAUCUGUGAGAGAGAAGUUGUUGAGUAUGAGUGCGUGUGGGGAUCGACUCAAAAUGGCAGUGCUUUACUUCUUAGGCACGAUUAUCAGAGCGAAGGGAAGGUAUAAUGCCCCGUUCGACCCUUUCAUAUUAAGAAUCGUCAACGAUGUGGAGAUCCUAGCAUUUGAGUGUAUUCCAGCUCUGAAGGCACGAUUUAGAGAAGGUGUAGAAGGUUGUAUGAGUAAGUGUCCGAGGAUGUGUAAAAAGCGGUUCCAAAGUAACAGCAUGAAGGGUUAUCCUCUUGAGGAUUUGUACGACACACUAGGAGAAAUUAAGGUGAUUGAAAGUGUUCUUGUUCCUACUGUUGAUGAGGAACCUCUCAUGGCACGUUUAAUGGAUGAGGAGCCAGACUAUGAAAAUGAAGAAGGCGUGAGUAAUUUGUGGAGCACGUGGUUGACUGUUAAGGAGAAGCCUAUCUUUUGGCAAGAACUCUAUGAGUUAGAUGUGGCUGCAAGGGAGUUUCCUCAGAAGAAAGACAAAAGAAAAGUGCAUGAAGAAGCAUCCUCCUCUAAUACAAGUUUGGAGGACGUUUUGAAAGGGUUUGAAGCGAGGUUGAUGACAAGUUUGAGUGAAGUGAAUGGGAAUGUGGAAAAAAUGAACAAGAGGCUUGGGAAGAUUGAACGUUGCCAAGUUGUUUUAAAAAAGAGGUGUAAGAGGAUGAAGGCAAUGGAGAAGAAGCUUGAGAAGAUUGAAGAUUGCCAAUAUUAUUUAAAAAAAGGCCAAGAAGGUGGAGAAGAAAUGAGGAAAUGA